AUGGGGUUCACGCAAGUUCUCCCCCCCAGCAUCAGCAGUGGGGGCACCAGCAGCAGACUGCAGGGAAGCUGUGCAGAGCUCACCUCUCCUGCCCGGAGCACAAUCGCCUCCAGCUCGUCCUCUGCCAGACUCAGCAGCAAAAUGCAGCGGCUGCAUCUUCUCUGCCUCAGUCUCCUGGUGCUGGGACAUAUCCUGCAUGUGCAUGGCGGGAACAACGUCCUCGACUGCUGCCUGCGGACGAGCGAGAUACCCAUCCCGCGGCGGAUAGUGCAGGAUUACCGGCUCCAGCUGGUGCAGGAUGGCUGCGACAUCCCAGCUGCUGUGUUCAUCACCACAAAGGGCAAGCGCCUCUGUGCCCCCCUCCAAGCCCCAUGGGUGCUUCGCCUCCAAGAGAAGCUGGAUGCCAGCAGUGGCAGGAAGGCCAAACCCCAGGGCAAGUAG